AAGACCUCUGAACGAUCUGGGCAGGCCCACGCCUGCUCCGAUUUUUGCGGUUCGCCUAGGAACCGCCAAGAAUCCGUUGAACAGAGACUCGAAGACGCCGACUGGGGCGGCCAGGUCCUUCUUCUGCGCGGCUGGCAACCGCGACGGCUACGUCAUUGUCUCUAUGGCACCUUGUGCUGCCUGUCCUUGGGCUGCGGGUGGUUGCUGCUGAACAGGCUCAAGCCUUCCUGGCGGCUCAGGCUGCUGCUCACGCCGUGUCCUCUGCGGCGCGCCACGAUGGUGACGCUGCACGAUGAACGCGGGCGUUGGGUCGACGCGCAACCUGUGAACGUGAGGUCGCUGUCGUCGUCGUCGACGUCCGACUUUGGGGGCUUUCUGGUGUCCUUCUGCUACCGGGGGGUCACGUACGCCUGGGACGAUCGCAAGGACGUCUUUGCCGCGCUCCGUGGUCUGGACGACGGCCUGUUAUGCUGCGACCAGCUCCUCCAAAGUCAGGGUUUCGACGCUUCGUCUCGACGUCGACUCCUGGACAUCCACGGCUCCAACGAACCAUGCAACUUGGACGUCACUGCCGCCUUGGACAGCGAACAGACGACCUCCACGACCACCUGGCUCUUCUUAGGCGCCGCCCUGUGGUUCCUGCGAAGCUACUGGAUGUGCGCGACUGCCGCUGCCCUCGUACUUCUGGUCUCCUGGCUGAGACGCUUUCUCCACAAAGUACUGGACCGCCGGUGGCUGAGGGCCUUCAAGAGUCGCAACGCCGUUCCCGUUGUGACCGUGGUCACCUCCGACGGAGUCGUUCAGGAACUCGAUCCAAAGUCCUUGGUUCCGGGAGACUUGUUCCUGCUAGGUCUAGGAGACAGGGUACCCUGCGAUGCGGUGAUCGUCUUUGGGUCGUGUCUGGUGGAACAAGGAGACAUCAGCCUGCCCCCGCUGGUCGCAAAGUGGGAGCUCGGUGACGGCGAAGACGUGCGCCAAGAGCUGUUUUGCGCAGCGAAGCACCGGGCCAGUACGGUGCUCUGCGGAUCCACUGUGCUGAAGGUGCGUGGCGGGGACGUCAUCAGGGUCGUGGCGCUGAGAACGGGAGCGGCUACCUUGCAGGCUUCGCUGCUACGCCGGAGAAUGAGGCGUGAGAACUCUCUUCAGGAGCCCGAGCAGGAUAGCACAGGAGUCCUUGCACAAUGGACGGCCGCGUGGGCGGCCUUCCUCCUGUCCGUCUUUUUCUGGCUCGGAAGGGACCGUUUUACCUGGGACGAAGUCCUUCUUCGAGCCUUCAGCGUCCACGCUCUUCUCUUUCCACCCAGAGGCCUACUCCUGACCUUCUUACUCGAGUCUUGCUUUAAAUCUGCCCUGACUUCCGCGGGCGUCACAUGUCGCUACGACGUCGUCGCAUCCACCCAGCGUUGGGGUUCCACCAGGGCCGUUGCCGUCGAUGCCACAGGAGCCCUCUGCGGCCCGGCCGAGAAGCUGGCGGGACUACUACCAGCCGGAUGUCGAGGCUUCGGAGCUGAAAUCCUCCGAGAUUCACUGGGGUUGUCCCGCGGUCACCCGCUGCGCUGGGCGGCUGUAGCGGGCCAGUCCUUGUGGGUGGAAGAGGAACGAGGGCAGGCGAUGGGUCAUCCGCAUGAGGUGGCCGCCUUCGAGGAAUCUGGAGCUGCGUUGCUGGUUGGAAAUCAGGAGGUGUAUGCACUGGGAGACUCUUCUGGAGAACGCGUACCUCCGGUGAGACUGCGCCCGCUGGUCAAUCCCUUCUGGAGCACCAGGAGGCUCGACGAAGACCUCAGACGAGCACGUCCACCGCAGGAUGUGGUCGCGACUUGCGUACUACCGAGGACAACCGCCGCCACGAAUAGGGAUGAUGCCGAUGUCGACCGCGAGUCUAUGGACCGCCGAGACAUCCAUGAGGAUUGUGCACAUGUCCACGACCGAGACGACGGGAACAUCGAUGCCAAGAGCCUCGAUGCUGGCGGAGACGGGACGACGAUCGCGGAACCUUUGCGAAUCAUCAACGCCAGAGCUGCCUCAAUGGUUGACUCCUUCAACGAGAGAAAACACUCUGAGGAGACCACAGUCCUUGCUCCGCAAAACAUCACGCACAGGCCAGGUGCACAGAAUAACCCCCGCUACUUGUCGCCCUUGCCGGAGGUUCGAGUGUCGUCAGCUUCGAGAAUCAACCGAACGGCAGUGAGUUUGGCCCUGGCUGCUCUGCUCAGGUCCCUGAUUCGGUUGCUGAACGAGCUGGCGGAGCGCCUGGGUUGUCUCUCCUGUCCGAGGCGUCGGCGGCGACGAACACCUCAUGGUACACUGAACGAGACUCUGGCCAUAUGCCCGCCUCCACCAUCCGAACUUCACUCUUUACCGGGAGAGUCGCCAGGCGCUCCGACUGGUAUAGAGAGGAGACCCGGAACGGAACAAGAGCAAGUCGUGGCAGCUUGGCAGCGGCUGGAAGCCUUUCAAAACCGGCAAGCCUGCCGGCACCUUCACGUACUUCAGCGACAUUCGCAACAUGGCGUCGUCAGCGCGGUCCUCCUCCGCGCAGACAGGUAUCUGGAGGUCCUUGUCAAGGGAUGGCCAGCGGCCGUGCUCUCCUUGUGCCAAGGUCACCACGACACCCAUCCUCCUCCUCAAGACACGGACCCAGUCGCGGCGUCUCUCCACGAACGCGGUCUGGGGCUCUCGGCCGUCGCCUGGAAACAAGUCGACCUACACCCCGACGAUCCUGACUACGAGGUCCUGCUUGCCCGGACCUUGGAGAGCGAUCUCAACUUCGAGGGCUUCCUGCUGUUCGAACCGGUGCCGCGACCAGAAGCCGUUUCCGCCGUCGAGAACAUUCGACAGGCUGACCUGCGCCCCGUCAUCGUGGACGAAGACAGCGUUUAUCGCUGCAUCGCGGUGGCACGUGCCACGGGGGUCGUACAACCAGGAGAGCCUGUGCUCCUUGUAGCAGCCCGACAGUGUCCUGUUGGAGGUCCUCGUGUUGAUGUCCGACGCCUGGAGACACCGUCUGGCCUUGCCGUUACUCUGCAGGACAUCAAUUCUGAACCAUCCCGCGUGCACUAUGCUCUGAGUGCAGACACGCUAAUUGUCCUCCGCGAGCACUUUCCAGACCUCCUGGAGUCUCUUCGAGAGUCGGUGUCAGUGCUGGGAGGCAUUUCGCCUAAAGACGUCCGAUCCACCGCAAGUGACCUCAAUCUAGAUGUCGUCUGCUGCGGAGGGGCUGCGCUUGCGCUGGCUGCGGGAAGUCCCGGUGGGCUAGCCCUAGGGCUCCACGGGGAAUCCUUAGCAGCCCCACUCCUCUGCCCGUCCAUAUCCUGCGCAGCUGUGCUGGCCCAAAAAAGCCGUGCCUGUCUCGUAGGACGUGGGUUGGCACAAGACUUCCUCCUGCUCAGUGUCUGUCUACAAGCCUGUGCACUCCUCAUUCUUUAUGCCGAGCGUGCCACUAUCACCGACGGCAUGCAUCUGUACCUCGAAGUCAUUUCAUGCGGUGCCCCUACAAUUGGUUUGGCUAUCCCUGGUCAAACGGGACUUGCAGACAUUCCGCCCCAACUUGAUGCUCCGUCCCUAGUAAUCCACAUCCUCAGCUGGUUAUCUGCGCAAGUCUGCCUCUUGGGACAACUCCACUGCCAAUCCUGGUACAACCACCUGACACGACAGAUUCAGCGCCGCGUAGAUGCCACGGUCGUGUUCCUCCUCGCGGCCUUCCAGCUUCCCCUUCUGGCCCUACUCCUGGUCACGCUCAGAGGUGGAUCCAGACCUAGAGUUCUUUUCGCCGCCAUUCUACUGCCGACGGUGGCCACGCUGACUCUCCUCCUGUUGCCGUGGGCAGGAAAAGUGUCGCUCUUGCUUGGACUGCCUCGCUGGAAAACAGAUAGAGACACCGUGAUCCUUCGCGCUGCGGUUCUCCUUAUAGCUGCGCUCCAACUGCUGGUCGAUGCCACUGCUCAGGUCUACCUGGCACCCCAGUUUCGACGCCGGCCGCCCAAGGUGUUCAGAAGACGGAUUCCGGUAGCCCAGAGCCAUGUUGGAACCCUGCCUUGAGUUGGGCAUACAUGUUCAAUAACAUUAUUUAAGGAACGUAGCAAAAGAGUGUAGUUUUUUCAGUGAAGAUAUGUUUAUUAGCUAUGUUUUGCCACAAGAUGCUCAGAUUUAUUAUGAGGAUGCACUGCAGCUUGUGUGUCUAGAUGAGGGAUGAUGCUGUUCAGGCGUAAUCGAGGCACAAGUGACUCAAGACUGGCUUGGCUUGCCCACUCUUCCCCUGCAAGUUGAAGGAAGCUGGGCUUUUUUUUCCAAAGGACACGAAGGAGGACGGUUGAAGAUUUACUCGGACAAAGAAGGAUCAGAGAAGUUUACCUUCGCUGUUGACCUUCGUCCUUGCGAAGAACAUCGAGGAAGCGACCUCUUGUCAUCUCGCGUGCUGCAAAGCAAGUAAGCAGGAUGGUGAUCUAAAUGUCCUGCAACAACACAACCUACAAUAGUUUAGCCCAAAGCAUAUUGCCCUGGAAAUUAUUAAAUCCUUAUAUAAUAUGAAUAUAAUUAAAAAUGUUGCCCAUA